GGGCGGCUGGCCGGAGUCAGCUCGGAGUCCCGUCCUAGUGCGGCGUCAGCGCUGCGCACUUCCCAUUGGCCGAGCGCGGCGCGGGGGCGGGUCCGGGCCUGCGAUUGGCUCUCGGCGGGCGCGGACGGUGUCAUGGAGGCCGCGGCGGUGACGGUCACUCGGUCGGCUGCCCGGCGGCGGCGGGGGCGGCAGCUGCAGGAGGAGCAGGAGGAGCAGGAGGAGCAGGAACCGCGGCCGCGGCGGCGGCGGCGGCGGCAGGGGAGGAGGAUCAAAGAUGAGGAAGAAGAGACAGUCUUUCGAGAGGUGGUCAGUUUUUCCCAGGACCCCCUGCCAGUUAGAUAUUAUGACAAGGACACCACCAAACCUGUCAGCUUUUACUUGUCUUCGCUGGAGGAACUCUUGGCGUGGACGCCCCGCAUGGAGGAUGGCUUUAACGUGGCCCUGGAGCCCCUGGCGUGUCGCCAGCCCCCUCUGAGCAGCCAGAGGCCCCGGACUUUGUUGUGUCAUGACAUGAUGGGGGGAUAUCUGGACGACAGGUUCAUUCAGGGCUCGGUGGUGCAGACUCCCUAUGCUUUCUACCACUGGCAGUGCAUCGACAUCUUUGUGUACUUCAGCCACCACAGCGUCACCAUCCCCCCGGUGGGCUGGACCAACGCUGCCCACAGGCAUGGGGUCUGUGUGCUGGGGACUUUCAUCACGGAGUGGAAUGAAGGGGGAAGGCUCUGUGAAGCCUUUCUGGCCGGGGAUGAGCGUUCAUACCAGGCAGUGGCCGACAGGCUGGUCCAGAUCGCACAGUUUUUUCGUUUCGAUGGCUGGCUGAUCAACAUCGAGAACUCUCUGAGUCUGGCCGCCGUAGGGAACACGCCUCCUUUCCUGCGGUACCUGACCACACAGCUGCACCGGCAGGUCCCGGGGGGCCUGGUGCUCUGGUAUGACAGUGUGGUGCAGAGUGGGCAGCUCAAAUGGCAAGACGAACUCAACCAGCACAACAGGGUCUUCUUUGAUUCCUGCGACGGCUUCUUCACCAACUAUAACUGGCGGGAGGAGCACUUGGAGCGGAUGCUGGGGCAGGCUGGGGAGCGCCGGGCGGAUGUGUACGUGGGCGUGGAUGUGUUUGCUCGGGGGAACGUGGUCGGAGGCCGAUUCGACACAGACAAGUCGUUGGAGCUGAUCCGAAAGCAUGGGUUCUCCGUGGCUCUGUUUGCCCCCGGCUGGGUGUACGAGUGUCUGGAGAAGAAGGAUUUCUUCCAGAACCAGGACAAGUUCUGGGGCCGGCUGGAGCGCUAUCUGCCCACACAUAGCAUCUGCUCCUUGCCUUUCGUCACGUCCUUCUGCCUGGGCAUGGGUGCACGGAGGGUCUGCUAUGGCCAGGAGGAGGCGGUGGGGCCCUGGUACCACCUGAGCGCCCAGGAGAUCCAGCCCUUGUUUGGGGAACACAGGCUGGGAGAGGAUGGCCGGGGCUGGGUGAGGACGCACUGCUGCCUGGAGGAUGCCUGGCACGGAGGCAGCUCCCUGCUCGUCCGGGGUGUGAUCCCACCGGAGGUUGGAAAUGUGGCCGUGAGGCUAUUUUCCCUGCAGGCCCCAGUGCCACCCAAGAUUUUCCUGUCCAUGGUAUAUAAGCUUGAGGGGCCCACGGACGUCACGGUUGCUUUAGAGCUAACCACAGGGGAUGCCAGCAGCUGCCACAUCGGUGGCAUCUCAGUGUUGAACGCAGAAACAAGCUCAAGCCACAGCCUCCGGCCCCUCCGGGCGCCCCCUCCAAAGCUGGCCAGAUGGGUGGGUCGCUGCGGCCGGCAGCUGAGCAGGGGCUGGGUCCAGCACUGCUACGAGGUGAGCCUGCGUGGGUGCCUGCUGCUAGACCUCCUCGUUUGCUUCUCACGGCCGCCAGGUAGUCGGGAGGAGGAGAGCUUCACCUGUCGGCUUGGAGAGCUCCAGGUGGUGGACGCUGCCAGCCUGCUGGCCCCUCUGCCCCAGGUGGAGACCGUCACCAUCUCUCAGGUCCACUGGCAGCCGGCUGCCUCUGAGCGGGAGGGGCCCCCUGCUCUGCUCCAGCUCAGCUGCACCCUGCAGUGGUCCUUCCUCCUCUCACAAGUCCGCUGCUUCCGAAUCCACUACUGGGGAGGGACGAGUGAUGGUUCUCCGGGCAGGGAGCUGCCGAGGCCAGAGAUGCCCACGUUCCUGGGGUUGGCUUUUGCCACCCAGUACCGGAUAGUGGACCUGCUGGUGGAAGCCGCCGGGCCCGGUCAGGAUCGUCGCGUGGAGUUUCUGGUGGAGCCUGUCCUGAAGGAAGGGUUCCGGGUACCUCAGGCCGAGUGGGGCAGGGCGGCUCUGCUUUAUUCAGCCCCCGCAUGAGUGGAUGCUAAAGCCGGGUGGUCUCCUGGCCUCCGGCUGAGGCCUCUUCCCAGCUCUCUGCUCCUGGCCUGCGCUGGACCUGCUAAGUGCCGGCAGUGGCGGCGAGACCCCGGUCCCGGGGCUGGGGCGGAAGACCCCUAGCUGAAUGCUGUGAUUUUCUGGCCGGGGGCGGUGGAAACAGGAAACCAAGCAGUGGGAUCACAGCGUUGGUUACUGAGAGGCGAGUGGCGGGCCCUCUGUUUCUGCCUUGUCUCUGCCCACGGUACAUGGUUCCCAGGUGAAAAUCAAAGGAGGGGAAGAAGUUGAGAAGAGAAAAUUCCAUAAAGAGUAUUUCCUAAUAGGCUGCAAGAUGCUGAUGCUGAGAAUGACAUUUUCUUUCCUGCAGAUGAAACUAUUAGAAAGGCUCUUAGAUUGUGGCAGGUAGGCUUUGGAGCAGGCCCCAAGACGUUUCUGAGGAUGCGGACGAGCUACAGCAGCUCCUGGGGUGGGGCUGCCUGCGGGAUGGCGGGAGAGGAUGCCCUGGAGAACCCUCCCCGCGGUGGGAAGGGCCCGUUUCCCUGAGGAUUGGGCAUUCCGGGCCAGCUGGUGCCGGCUUCGUGCCUCCACGUGGGCCAGCCCCAGCUGCUGCGUGUUUCCUGGUGUUGGCAAUUUACUGCGCUGCUGCGUGUUUCCUGGUGUUGGCAAUUUACUGCGCUGCUGCGUGUUUCCUGGUGUUGGCAAUUUACUGCGCUGCUGCGUGUGAGGUCAUCUCCAGAGCAUUUUCAGCAGCCCCUGGCUCUGCUGCGUUUCUUCUGGGCUGUGGGCGUGCAGGGAAGUGGCUCUGAGGCAGUCUGCGCUGUGGCCCUUCCUCUGCCCAGCGAGAGGCUGUGGGCUCUGGACAAGCUGCCCUUCAGGCUCGGGUAGCAGGUCAGUCCAGGCAGGAAGCAGUACCUGCCCCCCACGCCAGCCCAGCCCCAGCCUGUGUGCAGGAGCUGCAGGACCUGUGGGGGCUUUUCCAGCUACUCUGUUCCUUCACGUCGUCCCUUCUCAGCCUCGUCCAAGCACCGGGGAGACCUCCAGGCUUACCCCUUGAGCAGGAGUCAGCACAGGUGCGAGGGGGAUUGAGGGAGGCAGGGUCUUCACCACAGGCCCCUUCUUCUGUCUUUCCUGCUCUUUCUGCUCGCCGUCUCCUCCCCUCUGCCCAGGCCUCUGCAGCUGCACCGCCUCUGCUACACCUGGGCUGCCUGGGAGGCUUCCUGGUGUGGUGUCUGGACCCCACAGCCUUGGGUCAUACUGCGGCUGAUCUAGGUGGGGUCUGUUGUGGUCCUUCCACGGUGUCAAUGGCCUGAGGUCCCUUGCUUUUGGGGCGUCUCUCACCCCCAGGCCACAUAGGGCCAGUGGUGGGGGUUCCCUUGAUGUUGGGCAGUGCUGAGGGCUGGGAUGCUCUGUGACCCCAGUUGGAGCCCACACCUAAGGGCUGGCAUCCACAUCAUUUCACCCUGCAGUGAGGGAAGAGGCCACCAGGUGGCAGCACAGCCACACCCGUUCCCAUGUCCGGAGGAGGGCAAGGCUGGGUGCUCAGCAGCCGCUCUGAGCUGGGGCUCCUUCCAGGGGCUGAAAUCCACAUUUCUCCAUCUUCCCUGCCUGCCUGGGUACUCAUGCCAAGUAGGGAGUCCUGGGAUUAGGGGUUCUAUGCUCUUGCCUAAUUAGGAACAUUCUUCCCUGUCUCAUGUGAGUUUGCCAAGGAUAUGGGGCAGGAGGCUUCCUCUGCUGACCCCCCUGCAGCCUGGAGCCACCCCGGGGACUGUCCUGGGUGGAGGGCAGGUGAACCCAAGCUGCUGCCGCCUGGAGCCACUCACUCAACUUUUUUCAGCUGUGACCAUUCCCGGGCGCUCUUUAAGCCUUUCUGUCUCAUUUGGAACUAGGGGGAACCAGGAGGGGCUCCUGGCCCGUGUCCUCUGCAGCGAGGGUUGUGGGGGUGCAGCAUCCAUGCCUUGGGGCUCGCCUUUCAUGAAGUCUAUUUUUUAAGUGCUGGCUCCCCCGAAUAUUUUAUGCAGAGGAGGGAAAAUUUAUAGUGGCAAUUAUUUUCUCACAGUCUGGUGAGCAGGCAAUUAGGAGGAAGGGGGCCUAGCAGAGCGUGGCGUGUGGCAGAAUCGCACUGCUCCGGCUCCCCAGCCCCACCGCCAUGCAGGGCUCGUGUGCAGGAAAAUUAAUAUGCCAGCGCUUAGGCCUGUGCCCCUCUGCUGGGUGUAACUGCUCUGAAAUAAAUGGUCUGACAUUGUGAAAAGUGCA